CACAGUUAUUGAGCCAGAUCUGCCCCACGUUGUCAUCGCCCCACCCAACAUUCUCCAAAUAUUCUUGCGCUUGACAGUCGCCGCCGACCAAAGACCACACACGAGUAAUCGAUGACAGCUAUGUCUUGAAUCGACAUGACUCGUCGACAAUGAUUGCCACUCCUAAGGACCAAGCUCUAGUACCUCGAACAUGGGCGGCCGCGGACGCGUGAAGCGGCAACAAGUCGACACAGACGAUGGCUGGACAGUAAUUACCCACGGAUUAUCAAACCUCUCUGUCAGCAAUGGCAAGAAGAAAGGCAAAGCAGGCAGAAACAAUGCACACGCAGGCUCAAUGCCCACAGACCUGGUGCAAGGUCUGACGGCUGAGAAGCUGCUUCAGGACUUCCACAACCGCACCGAGAAAUGGAACACUACAUCGUGCGCGCAGCAUCUCGAGAGCGUGUUGGCGAAGACCAAAGGGGCUGUGGAAAAUGCUGUGUGCAUUGGCAUUGGCAGCUUCAGCCGUGACUGGGAGCACAGGCACAGAGCUAUGUGGCAGCUCGUCCUGUUUAAGUCCGUCGUUUCGCAUUCUGGGAAGUCUCGAGAGGUAACACUCUACGCCCAAGAACCUGCAUUCACCCCCCUCGACCAGGAGUUUCUCUCCCUCCUAUCCAUUCACGUCUGUGAAGAUGACAUCGCCACGCAUAUCACGCCUCAAACUUUUGUAUUCAGUCCCUUCGUGGAUUGGUACAUCCUCCUGCCCAUAUUCCUUGCAGGCAAGGAUCCCGUACUGUAUGUAGGCAACGAGAUUUUGGACGACUACGGGGCGUUUGCGCAGAGCGAAGAAAAGAAGGCCAAGCUGGCGGAGUGCAAUGAGCUCGGGAGCAAGUGGCUAGGAGAGAGAAACAUGGUGAAGAUGAGUGACUUCGAGAUGCAUCCACAUGCGCUCAAUGGGAUGGUUGUGUAUCAGCUCCAAGAGAGAGAGGGAGUCCAGUAUGGAGGUGGAAGCGAGGAGGGCGAUGCUGUUAAGGUCGAAGGAGAGAAUAGAGACAUUGGGGCCGCAGGAGAAAGCCAGGAAGUAGGCAAGGUCCCGAACCUUGACGCUGCAUCUUAAAUUCAAGAGCCUGCUCCGCAAUCAGAGUCACUGUUUUGCUGCUAUUUCUACUGAAAACAUCCCUAGCGUUUGAAUUAUGUUAUGGCGGAGUUACAACAAUGUCAUUACAUUCUUGCCCCAACAAGAUAGUGUCAGUCGAGUAAAAGACGGGAUCGUAUCUGACGUAUAAUAUAACAGUA